UCUUAUAAUGUAUUUCAUUGUUAAUUUUUGAACUUGUAGAAUGCUGAUGGGCCGUUCAGAUGUGCUGCCAGAGUUUGGUUCAUCAAAGGAUUUACUGCAUUCUGGUCCUGUAUCAGAUGCUAGUGAAGAUGAAGAAGUUGAUACUUCUGAGCAGAUACUGUACACAGCCUCUUUCAAAGAACUUGCCGCAAAAAAUGUGCAAUAUGACACCAUUAUAUGGGUUUCAAUAUCCUUGCUGCUGGUUUUAGCUUGGGGAAUAGGAAUCAUCAUGUUGCUGUAUCUGCCCAUUAAAAGAUACGUGCUUCAGAAGGAUAUUUCAUCACGUAAACUAUAUGUUACUCCUCAUGAAAUAAUUUACAAGGUGUCAAGGCCUUCCUUUAUACCCUUUUGGGGAGUAAUUACAAUAGAAAAGCAUGUACCCCUGUCGCAGGUGAUCGAUGUUAUCAUUGAACAAGCUAGGUGCUUUUGUAUUCAAGUUUGAAAAGGUCAAAAAAAC